AUGCCGACCUACCGACCAGCAAUCGCCUCUCUCUCCCUCGGCCGAGCGUACGCCGGCCACAGUCUCGAAGCCAAGCUCUCGGCCGCCGGACGCGCGGGCUUCCAAGGAGUCGAAUGCUUCUACGAAGACUUGGAAUGGCACGCUAGAUCCCACGUUGGCGGCGACAACGACGCCAUCUCUGACGAAAACCUCUUGGACGCGGCGCGGGAUUUCCGCGCGUUGGCAGACGCCAACGACCUCGAGGUCAUUGUGUUGCAGCCGUUCAUGCACUACGAAGGAUUGCUGGAUCUGGAGGAACGGGGAAGAAGGCUGCAGAAGUUGGGGCUGUGGCUGAGGCUGGUAAAAGUGCUCGGUGCGAAUAUCAUUCAGGUGCCGAGCAAUUUUCUUGCUGAAGGGGUGACCGGGGAUAGAUUACGCAUAGUCGAGGACUUGCGCAUCCUAGCCGAUCUCGGUGGCAAAGAGCAUCCGCCAGUGAGGUUCGCAUAUGAAGGGCUGUGUUGGGGCCGGUUCGUGGAUACCUGGCGAGGUGCUUGGGAGGUCGUUAAAGAUGUGGAUCGCGACAACUUUGGGUUGUGCCUGGAUGCAUUUCAUCUUGCGGGUAGGGAGUGGGCGGAUCCUGAAACCGCAGACGGGGUCGUGUCUGAUGAUGGAGGCGCCGGAGACAGAUUUCGACAGAGCAUGGCAGAGAUGGCGACGACAUUGGACAGGAGAAAGGUGUUCUAUGUGCAGUUUGCCGAUGCGCGGAAACCGCAAAAGCCUAUUGUUCCAGGGAGUAGCGAGUGGGUGGACGGGCAGCCGGCGAGGAUGACAUGGUCACGGCGGAUGAGGGUGUUUGUGGGCGAGGAAGAGGGCUACUUACCCAUCGACCCGAUUCUAAGGGCUGUGUUUGACCCAGCACCUGAGGGUCUGGGCUACACUGGGUGGGUCAGUAUGGAAGUCUUUAAUCAGUCCUUGGAGGAGACAGAUGCCCAAAUUGUUCCUCUGCAUGCGGAGCGAGCUCAGAAAUCAUGGAUGACUAUGAAGCAACGGUAUAGCCUAGAAUAG